GGCAACGACUGCGAGGAAGGAGAAGUCAAGACGUCUGGAAAGAAUUACCUAGUCCUGGCUUCCAGCAGCCCAUUGAACCAGGGACUUGAAUCAGCCCCAGCCAAAGACUUUCUCCCGGUUCUGCUGCGUCUUCACCCGGCUUUUUUUUUUUUUUUUGACACGAAAAAGAAAGGAGACUUUACGAUAUCAGGGGACAGGGACUGGAGCAAAAAACAAACAAAAAAACCCCUAAAUAAUAAUAAAUAAGAAAGUUAAUUUAUUUUUAAAGCACACAUUUUUCUUUUAAGACUUAAUAGACUGAAGUGCAACGGAAAUAUCAAAGAGAAUAGUAGUGAAUUUUCCUUUUAAAGUGGGGGAGAACCAAACCUUUAAGACUCCCCCCAUCCCUUUUAAAUGUUGUUUUUAAAUUUUUUAUUUUUUUUGGCCGGGCGUCUCAAAUUCAUCUGAUCUCUUAUUACCUCAAUUUUGGAAACUGCCCGCCACCGGCCCUCCGGGACCACACAGACAGGCUGAGGACAACUUUAUGACCAAGAGCUGAACAAGAUGCAUUGUGAGAGGUUUCUAUGCAUCCUGAGAAUAAUUGGAACCACGCUUUUUGGAGUCUCUCUCCUCCUGGGAAUCACCGCUGCUUAUAUUGUUGGCUACCAGUUUAUCCAAACCGAUAACUACUAUUUCUCUUUUGGACUCUAUGGUGCCUUUUUAGCAUCACACCUCAUCAUCCAAAGCCUGUUUGCCUUUUUGGAGCACCGAAAAAUGAAAAAAUCCCUGGAAACCCCCAUUAAAUUGAACAAAACUGUUGCUCUUUGCAUCGCUGCGUAUCAAGAAGACCCUGACUACUUACGGAAAUGUUUGCAAUCUGUGAAAAGGCUCACCUACCCUGGGAUUAAAGUUGUCAUGGUCAUAGAUGGGAACUCGGACGAUGACCUUUACAUGAUGGACAUUUUCAGUGAAGUCAUGGGCAGGGACAAAUCAGCCACCUAUAUCUGGAAGAACAACUUUCACGAGAAGGGUCCUGGCGAGACGGAAGAGUCCCAUAAAGAAAGCUCGCAACAUGUCACCCAGUUGGUCCUGUCCAACAAAAGUAUUUGCAUCAUGCAAAAAUGGGGUGGAAAAAGAGAAGUCAUGUACACGGCCUUCAGAGCACUGGGACGGAGCGUGGAUUAUGUACAGGUUUGUGACUCAGACACCAUGCUCGACCCAGCCUCAUCUGUGGAGAUGGUAAAAGUUUUGGAAGAGGAUCCCAUGGUUGGAGGUGUUGGUGGAGACGUCCAGAUUUUAAACAAGUAUGAUUCCUGGAUCUCCUUCCUCAGCAGUGUGAGAUACUGGAUGGCUUUCAACAUAGAAAGGGCCUGUCAGUCUUAUUUCGGCUGUGUCCAGUGCAUUAGCGGGCCUCUGGGGAUGUACAGAAACUCCUUGCUGCAUGAAUUUGUGGAAGACUGGUACAAUCAGGAAUUUAUGGGCAGCCAAUGCAGUUUUGGUGAUGACCGGCAUCUAACGAACCGAGUGCUGAGUCUGGGCUAUGCCACAAAAUACACCGCUCGAUCCAAGUGCCUUACGGAAACGCCCGUAGAAUAUCUCAGAUGGUUAAACCAACAGACCCGUUGGAGCAAGUCGUACUUCCGAGAGUGGCUGUACAAUGCGAUGUGGUUUCAUAAACAUCACUUGUGGAUGACCUACGAAGCGGUUAUCACCGGAUUCUUCCCUUUCUUUCUCAUCGCCACAGUGAUCCAGCUCUUCUACCGGGGCAAGAUUUGGAACAUCCUCCUCUUCUUGUUAACUGUCCAGUUGGUAGGUCUCAUAAAGUCAUCCUUUGCCAGCUGCCUUAGAGGAAACAUCGUCAUGGUCUUCAUGUCCCUCUACUCAGUGUUGUACAUGUCAAGUUUACUGCCCGCUAAGAUGUUUGCAAUUGCAACGAUAAACAAAGCUGGGUGGGGCACAUCUGGAAGGAAAACUAUUGUUGUGAAUUUCAUAGGACUCAUUCCAGUAUCAGUUUGGUUUACAAUCCUCCUGGGUGGUGUGAUUUUCACCAUUUAUAAGGAAUCUAAAAAGCCAUUCUCAGAAUCCAAACAGACAGUUCUCAUUGUUGGAACGUUGCUCUACGUAUGCUAUUGGGUCAUGCUUUUGACUCUGUAUGUGGUUCUCAUCAGUAAAUGUGGCAGGCGGAAGAAGGGACAACAGUAUGAUAUGGUGCUUGAUGUAUGAUCUUACGCUGUUUGACAUUUGCAAUCACAUAUGCAGACAAAACCUGAGUUCCUCUAGGGACUGUACCAUAUUGUGGCAUCAGAGAAUGCCACCAAAGGAGACAUAUCACUGCUGCUGGGACUUGAACUAAGACAUUUCUAUGGGUUUAUUAUGAUUCUGCCAAAGUAAAAUGAUACACCAACAAGAAGAAACUCAGAUUUAACUUGUUAUUUCUAUGAAAAUGGGAAGAAUUCUUUGUUUAUGCACUUUUUCCUUACUGUACAUCUGCCUAACAGUGUUUUUGCCCUAUAUACCUCACUAGCCAUGCUUUAUGUGGGUUAUCAUGGAAGAAAAGGAUAUUGGAAACUCAAGGAAAAGUUCUUUCAACAUAUACAACCUAACUUAUGGACUGUGUUGAUAGCUAAUUUUUUUUUUAAAGGAUUUUCUGUUUAACUCUACCAAAUGAAAUGCCAAAGGAAAUUUUAAAGGCCGUUGGCUGUGCUGUAUUUUUAUAUAAUUGUACUGUGUUUUAAAAUUUUGUAUGCCAAUUUUUAAAACAAAUUCUGCAUAUUCUAUAUUUUACUUCUCUGCCAAAAUACACCUGUUCUUCCUUUUUAAAAAAAUAAAAUAGGUUCUAAAAAAAUUCAAACUUAUAAAAAAAACAAAAACCUACCCAAAAUGUGAAGCUUGGUUGACUGAUGUUCAUGAUAGAAAGAAUAAACUGUUUCUCUCUCUCUCUACCGUUCAAAAUCGAAUAGUUUAUUUCUGUGAAAAAGUAUUUAAACAUUCAAUAUUUUAACUUUUUUUUUUCAUUUUUUUUUAGAAAAGGCCAAUAUACCUGUCACACUUUGAGAGUAAAAAUACAUACUUAUAUGUACAAAAAAAGUAAAUCAUUGAAAAUCAAGGCCAAAGGGGUAGAAAAGUGCAAUUUUUCCAUAAGAUUAAUAAAAGGGAGUGCUCGUCCUCGAAAGAAAACACUGGGCAUCCAGCACUGGACAUAACAUGUGUAUCAAAGAUAAAUAAUCAAUGGAGUUUCUGGCAGUGUUUUCCCAGGCUGAGUAAAAAGGAAAAUGGAAAAAAUUAUCUGUAUAAUUUGGACAAAUACAUUGUAGUUCAUCAUUUUGUUCUGGGGCCUGAAUUCACCAGUUGUCCCUAUGUUGAACAUAUUUUAUACCUGUCUUUCCCUCUCAGUUUGCCAGUUCACUUUACAUGUUAGUGUGAGAUUUCCAUGUUUGCGUUGGAUAAAUUAUAACUACAAAGCCUUUAGAUUCAAAAUAGCAGAUUUCACAUUCUAUCCUUUUACUUUCUAGGGAGGAUUAUUUUUUCUGAAUUAUACAGCUAAUUUCUUCAUCUCUUCUGUUCUUGGCCUACGUACAUAUGUUUACAUAGUAGAAAUAAUAUCGAGGUCUAAUAAGUGUAUCAAGAAUUGGCACAUUAAAAAAAAAAAAAAAGAUGAACCAGGUACCUG